AUUGAAGUAAAGCCAGCAAGUGUUUGUGUAAAUUAAGCAAGGAUUAAAUCAAUGUGUUCAUAAAGCCCUAUGAAGUCUUUAUUCCCCUGACUGUGAGGCAAAUAACAUUCCGCUGGAAAUUACGUCUUAGGGCACGUGACGACGCACACACGGUAUAGUGCACAUGUUUUUAGUCGGUAUCAGUAUGUGUGUUGAGCUGAAACGUUUUUAACUGAUAGUGUACAUAGGCAAAGAUAUGUCAUUUCGUAUUACUACCGCUAAUUAUUUUUUAACAUCGAAUUUAUGAAAUAGCGAACAUUUAAAAAUAAUAAAAACCUAGUGUUAAAAUAUUAUUCAAAUUUAGAAUGUCAAGAACGUUUGUUUCUAUCUUAUGUUUUACGUGUUUCACAUUCGCAAGUUCUAGCGCGACUUCAGUGAAAGUUAUCAAUGUUACUAAAGUAAACAAUGAUUUAGAAAAAGUGUUAAUACAAAUUUCAGGGAGUUUGUUAUUAAGUGAUGUAAGUGCCUUUGUGUUUCCUAAAAGUGAUCUAGAGUGUAGUGAAUCACCAAAUAGUGCUUCCUUCAACAACCAUGUACCGAUUUUCAAUUUAACUUUCGUCGAACCAGAUACUGGCCUCGCCGAAUUCGUUGUGGAACAUGCGGAUUCGUUUUGUUUGCAAAUUUUUGGAGAAAAUCAAGAUAAUGCAAUAUUUUCUGAUGUCAUACAUUUGAAGAAUCAAAGUGUAAAGAUUAAAUCAAAAUCCGACCAUCUCCGAAGACGCGACUUGUCAGGCAUAAUUGUAACUGGUCUUCGAGCAGAGCAUGCCGAUCGGGAGCCCCUUCUGACGGACACCGGAGCACCCUACGUUCUGGCCGAUUCGCCCGUAACUCUGCGUUUGUUUGGAAGCGGAUUUUCAGCGGAGACGACGGUUAGUUUCACACGAGAUGCAAGAGAGGCGGGAGGUCACUGUCUUCUACCGGCCACUCAUAUGUUUACGGUUCUUCCAGAAGUUACUCAUACUACUGCUUUAGUAAAAGCAAUUCUUCCAGAAAAUGGUCCUUUUUACAUAUGCACUCGCAAAGCAGCUGAUGACGGCUUUACUCCUUUCAUACACCAAGGAUCUGACCCUUGGCUUUUAAUUGAUACUUACACUCGUCCAAUUCCUUUAUGGGCUUCCAUACUGGUUAUUUUGGUGUGUCUAUUUUUUUCCGCAUUAUUUUCUGGCCUAAAUCUUGGAUUGAUGGCCUUAGAUCGAACUGAAUUGAAGAUCUUGUGUAAUACUGGGCAAGAGGCUGAACGCCGUCAUGCUAGGGUAAUUCAGCCUGUGAGGGACCAUGGAAACUUUUUGUUGUGUAGUAUAUUGUUAGGAAAUGUUCUGGUGAACUCAACGUUUACUAUUUUACUUGACGAUCUCACUUCAGGAUUAGUUGCAGUUAUAUUUUCAACUUUGGCUAUAGUCGUUUUUGGAGAAAUCACUCCGCAGGCAAUUUGUUCCCGGCAUGGUUUAGAAGUUGGAGCAAGAACAAUAUAUAUUACAAAAGCUGUGAUGGUUUUAACAUUCCCUUUAUCUUAUCCAACUUCAAAGCUGCUGGAUUGUUUACUUGGCGAAGAAAUCGGAAAUGUUUAUAACAGAGAACGCCUAAAAGAAUUAGUCAAGGUGACUACUGACGUAAAUGAUUUGGACAAGGACGAAGUGAAUAUUAUAUCUGGAGCGUUAGAAUUGCGCAAGAAAACAGUAUCGGAAGUAAUGACUCGAAUUGAGGACGUGUUUAUGUUGGAUUAUGAAUCAAUCCUUGAUUUUGAAACUGUAUCUGAAAUUAUGAAAUCAGGUUAUUCGCGUAUUCCCGUAUAUGAAGGCAAUCGCGGCAAUAUUGUAACAAUGUUGUAUAUUAAGGAUUUGGCUUUUGUGGAUCCUGAUGAUAAUACUCCUUUAAAAACUCUUUGCCAGUUUUAUCAAAAUUCUUGCAAUUUCGUCUUUGAUGAUGUCACACUGGAUGUUAUGUUCAAACAAUUUAAAGAAGGAAAUAAGGGACAUAUGGCUUUUGUACAUCGCGUCAAUAAUACUGGAGAAGGCGAUCCAUUUUAUGAAACCAUUGGUUUGGUAACAUUAGAAGAUGUCAUAGAAGAAUUGAUACAAGCGGAAAUCAUGGACGAAACGGAUGUUUAUACCGAUAACAGAUCUAAGCGCCGAAGGCACAAUCACAAAAUAACCAAACAAGAUUUUACUGGAUUCGCGGAACGACGUGACAAUCACAGGAUUCAUAUUUCGCCUCAGUUAACUUUGGCUAUGUUCCAGUUUCUCACUUCCACUAUCGACGCUUUUAAGUCUGACCAAGUGUCGGAAACUAUAUUGCGGAGACUUCUCAAACAAGACAUCAUUCAUCACAUCAAAAUUCGAAACAAGGAAAAAAAUGAUGAUGGAAUGGUUAUCUACGAAGAAGGAAAACCGAUGGAUCAUUUUGUACUUAUAUUAGAGGGUCGUGUUGAGGUAACUGUCGGAAAAGAAAAUUUAGUCUUUGAGAGUGGUCCAUUUACUUAUUUUGGUCUUCAAGCGAUUACACAAAACAUUGGAGUUGCCGAUUCUGUGAAAGGAUCUAUGCAAUCGUUAAAUAUAGAUGGUAUAUUAAAAAACAGUUUUAUACCAGACUAUACAGUACGGGCUGUGACUGACUUGGUUUAUAUUUCUAUAAAGAAACCUUUAUAUUUGGCCGCCAGAAAGGCUACACUUUUGGAGCGCGCUCAGCGAGAUAAUAGCGCCAAUGAUCAAGAUGUGGACCAUGAAGUGGAAAAGUUGUUGCAUUCGCUGGAUGAAGAAGACACGAACAUGACAAAUGUCGAAAUAGAAACUAAUCACAAGUCAAACUCCAAAAAUUUCUAUGGCAAUCAAAAUUCUAUAAUGGUGUUACCGAGUAUAUUAGAACCACCAAAAGAAUGUCAUGAAAACACAGCUUUGCUUCAUGAUACGAUUAAUUCAUUAUGACACACGGUGUCUCAUGCUAUCUGAUAGCAUUACUUAAAAUAGUGCACUUAUUAUUACUUAAGAUGUCUAGCUUUAAUCGUUUACUUAUUUUUAAUGAAGUACUUAUGUUAAUUUAAAGUUUUUAGUGCUUUGUU